AACCUGCUAUUACCCUGUGAAAACUAAAUAUUAUUAUUUAAGUGGAAAGCUCAGAAAUAAGUUCAGUUUUCAAGCCAAGCCAUAUCUUUUUGGAAUGGUUUUCAGCAUGUUCCUAUGAAUAGCAGAACGCAACGAGGAUUUUGUCCUUUUGCUGCCAACAAUAAUGGCUCUUGAAAUUCUCAACAACACCAGGAAAUCUGGUGCGUAUGUCCCAAAACCAUGUCUCUGCAUAGUGUGCUCCAAUUUUAACACUACAAUUUGAACUGUCAAGUGAAUCUAAUACAGGCAAGGGAAGCAGAAAGAGAGCAACCAACUAAAAUUUAGGACGAUGACAACAUCAUGUGUGGUCUUUUCUUGUAGUUGGCGAACUGUCAUCUUCUAGUGAUUGUCUGUUUCUCUUUGGACUCUGAUCGUUUUUCAUAGUUUCAGUUACUUUAUAUCAGUGUAUUUUGUUGCAAAUAGGGUCUUUAAAUAUUGGGUGCCGCCCUGUCCAGUGUUCAGAAGAAGAAUCCCCUCCGGCCUAGGCGGGUUCCGUGGAGGGACAACUUGAAUUGGUGAAAACAAUUAAAAAUUUUGUUUAAGUGCUUCAAAAUGCUACUACUAAUUGUCUAGCUCAGUUUCUUUUUCUUGGCCAGCAGGUUGUCUCAGGCUCUUAGGUCUUAGCUCAGUUCAGUUUCAAAAAGUUGUCCACGUGUCAAAAUUUCAUUAGCAGAAUCCAACUUAUCGAAAACCACAACUUUAUUUUCUCUUUCCUUUUUCCUUUAUUCGCUUUUCUCAGUGAUACUCGCCACUCUUUUUUAAAGCUCUCUUGCUCCAUUUUCCCUUCAAAGCUUAACAACCUACUCGCCUGUCUUCUACCUUAAAAAAUGAAGAUUACCAUGUUGAAAUCUGCAGGGGCGGCGUUAAAGAAGGCCACGACUGCGUCACCGAGCCCAUGUGUAUCAACCCAUCUCCUGAGUAGGGCCUACUACUCCACAGGGUACCCCGAAAGGAAAGUUGCGAUACUGGGAGCGGCAGGGGGCAUUGGACAGCCAUUGUCUCUGUUAAUGAAGCUAAACCCAUUUGUCUCUUCCCUUUCUCUUUACGAUAUAGCCAACACUCCCGGUGUUGCGGCUGAUGUCAGUCACAUUAACUCUCCUGCUCAGGUUACAGGCUAUGUGGGUGAAGAACAGCUGGGUAAAGCAUUGGAAGGAUCUGACCUUGUGAUUAUACCCGCUGGUGUUCCAAGAAAGCCUGGAAUGACCCGUGAUGAUCUUUUCAAUAUCAAUGCUGGGAUAGUGAAAUCCUUAUGCGUAGCCAUUGCUAAAUAUUGUCCUAAUGCACUGGUCAAUAUGAUAAGUAAUCCAGUGAAUUCAACAGUCCCUAUUGCUGCUGAGGUUUUCAAAAAAGCAGGGACCCGUGAUGAGAGAAAGUUGUUUGGUGUGACUACACUUGAUGUGAUCAGGGCUAAAACUUUCUAUGCUGGAAAGGCUAAAGUACCUGUAGCCGAUAUUGAUGUACCGGUAAUUGGUGGCCAUGCUGGCAUCACCAUCCUCCCACUCUUUUCUCAGGCCGCACCAAAAGCCAACUUGCCGGAUGAUGACAUAAUGGCUCUUACUAAGAGAACACAGGAUGGAGGAACAGAAGUUGUUGAAGCAAAAGCAGGAAAAGGAUCUGCAACACUGUCAAUGGCCUAUGCGGGUGCUGUUUUUGCUGAUGCUUGCAUAAAGGGGCUUAAUGGAGUCCCAGCUAUUGUCGAGUGCUCUUUUGUGGAAUCAAGUGUCACUGAAUUACCAUUCUUUGCCUCCCAGGUAAAACUGGGAAAGGAUGGUGUUGAGCAAGUCUUUGGACUGGGUCCACUUUCUGAAUUUGAAAAACAGGGUCUUGAGAAUCUCAAACCGGAACUCAAAGCUUCUAUUCAGAAAGGAAUUAAGUUUGCCAACCAAAAUUAAGUGGAUUAAUUAGAAGGUUAUGAUCACAUUCAAGUUCCCUGGUUUUUCUUGCUGUUUAUAAUAUUGCUUUCACGCAAAGGGAUAUUGUGUCACCAGUUAAAGUUUGCUGUGAGGUUUGUCAGACGAUUAAAAUGUAAUAUUCCAAAUAAUACUUUGCUAAUCUGCUGAUAGUUCCUUAUGAUGUAGGCUGAUUAAACAAGGUAAUUCUGAGGAGGAUUGAUAAGUUUAAAUUUCCUUGAACAAGUGGCAGUUCUGCCGCUAUUUAGAAGAAAAAUGAGAGAUGCCCAAUAAAGAGAAAUAAGAAAAUUUCUAGAACUGAGAAGUAAAUGAUCAUCAAAGAAAAG